GGGGGGCGGGCGGGCGGGGAGCGGGGCGGGGGGCUGCGGGCGGCGGCGCGGGCGGGCAGCGGGCAGGCAGGAGGCAGCGGGCAGGCAGCAGGCAGCGGGCCGCCUUUCCGGCCGCGGCGAGGAGCGCGGUUGCGGGGCUCGCGGCAAGAUGCUGAAGGUAGCAGCCUUGGUGUGCGUGUGCGCGGCAGCCUGGUGCAGCCCGGCGCUGGCGGCGGCGGCGGCGGCCGGGGGCAGACCGGACAGCGGCAAUUUUCUGGACGAUAAGCAAUGGCUCACCACCAUCUCCCAGUACGACAAGGAGGUCGGGCAGUGGAACAAAUUCCGAGACGAAGUAGAGGAUGAUUAUUUUCGUACAUGGAGUCCGGGUAAACCAUUUGAUCAAGCUUUAGAUCCGGCUAAAGAUCCAUGUUUAAAGAUGAAAUGUAGUCGCCAUAAGGUCUGUGUUGCACAGGAUCAACAAACUGCUGUUUGCAUUAGUCACCGAAGGCUUACACACAGUAUGAAAGAGGCUGGUUUAGGCCAUAAACAGUGGAGGGGUGGUCCCAUUUCAUCAAACUGCAAGCAGUGUCCAGUAGUUUAUACCAAUCCUGUUUGUGGAUCAGAUGGUCACACAUAUUCUUCUCAGUGCAAAUUAGACUAUCAAGCUUGUGUCUCAGGAAAACAAAUCUCAGUGAAAUGUGAAGGACGUUGCCCUUGCCCUUCUGACAAAUCCACAAGUACAGGGAGAAAUGAUAGGAGAGUAUGCAGUGACCUGGAAUUCAGGGAGGUUGCAAACAGGUUGAGAGACUGGUUUAAGGCGCUUCAUGAAAGUGGAAUUCAGAAUAAGAAGACUAGGAUUAUUCAGAGGCCUGAAAGAACCAGAUUUGAUACCAGCAUUUUGCCAAUUUGCAAAGACUCCCUUGGCUGGAUGUUUAACAGGCUUGAUACAAACUAUGAUCUGUUGUUGGACCAGUCAGAACUUGGAAGUAUUUACCUUGACAAGAAUGAACCAUGCACAAGGGCAUUCUUCAAUUCUUGUGACACAUACAAGGACAGUUUGAUAUCUAACAAUGAGUGGUGCUACUGCUUCCAAAGACAGCAAGACCCACCUUGCCAGACAGAGCUCAGCAACAUUCAGAAGCAGCAAGGAGGAAAGAAGAUCCUAGGGCAAUAUAUCCCCAUAUGUGAUGAAGAUGGGUAUUACAAACCAAGUCAGUGCCAUGGAAGUGUAGGGCAAUGUUGGUGUGUUGACAGAUAUGGCAAUGAGGUAACGGGAUCCAGAACAAAUGGUGCAGCAGAAUGUGCUAUUGAUUUAGAGACUUCAGGUGAUUUUGCCUCUGGUGAUUUCCAUGACUGGACAGAUGAUGAAGAUGAUGAAGACGAAAUAAUGAAUGAUGAAGAUGAAAUUGAAGAUGAUGAUGAAGAUGAAGGAGAUGAUGACGUAGAUGAUGACGAUGAUCAUGAUGGAUAUAUUUGAUGAUAUUAGGAGGGUCAAUGAAUCGUACCUUUCUAAAAUUCACAAGAUGACAUUUCAUAAAAUCCCUUUGCUCUUCAAGAUCAAAAGGAUUCUAACAAAUGUGUAUAUUUUGUAUGAUUAUUUCAAACAUUGCAGCUGGAGUCAUAGACUUUUUUUUUGUUUAAAUAAGAAAUACUACGUGCUUUUGAGUUUUUAAAUGCCUUUGCGCUGAAGAAAAUGCAUUGGAAGUGUAGUUAGAAGAAGGAAAUGUUAUGUGCUACUGAACAUAUAAAUGUGCAAAACACGCUAUAAAAACAACCAGUCUUUUUAAAACUUAUGUGAGAAGUUAUUUGCCCGUACUUGGAACUGUGUGUCCUCUUCAGGACAAAUAAUGUAACCUAACUUUUGUCAGGCACUGCAGGCUUUGCAAAUUGCCUGUUUAAUACAUCAAAAUGUAUUAUGGUAGAAAAGCAUUGGUACGCAAGUAGCAUCUUACCAGCCUUUAAUUAACCAAAGGUAUGGAGAAAAAUUGACAGAAGAAUUGACAGAAAAAUUGAAGAAAUGAAGCAAAGUCCUUGUUUGUGUUUGCAUUUGUAGUUAAGUUUUUUAAUAUUAAGUGGCUAGGUUAUUGAAAGGAUUUUUCUAAAGCAGUAGCAUGGACAAGCACCAACUCUGUAAAUCUAACAUCUUCUUAUCCCUCCUUCUUUUUUUUUUUUUUCUUUCUUUCAUGUCAAAGUCAUGUAGGCUUUAUUGUUAUUUACUCAAGCAUCACUUCGCCCAUUGUUGUUUCUCUGUAUUUCUCUCUGAUCAGAUUACUGAAGUAUUUUACAUGGGGAAAAAAUGCUUAAAACUGUAUUACCUUUAUACAUGACUGUAAGUCAGAGUAUUGACACUUGCCCCCAGCAUAGUUUUUAAGAAGUGUAUAAUUAUACUUUUUAUUUUCUUAAUUCAGGAAAUAGUUUUGCAUCUUUAUCUAAAUUCAUGUUGUUCUCUGUUACUAGUGCAGAAACUUAGAGAACGUAUUGUAAAGGUGCCUUGCAAAAUAGAGAUAGAGAGGUUAUAGCAUGCAUACCAGUAUAGGAUGUUAGGCAAUAGCUAAGCACACCCAGUUACCAAAUUAAUACCAGUAUAGGUACUGCUGCUGGAAUGAAGAAAAUGGAUUUUUUUUUUUUCUAUUGUUAUGUAAUUACCACGUGGACUAGAUUAUAAUUAUUGUGUAGAGUAGCACUUAAGAUUUGACUGUAGAGAAAAUUUCUUUAAUCACUGUAUUUAUGUUAGCAUGUUAAUUAAUUGUGUAGACAUUUUGGGACUCCACCAUCUUAAUUCAUAUCAUAUCUAUUGCUUUCUGUCCACAAUAAAGUUGACAUGACCUGUAUAAUGUAAUACUACAGGUUGUAUAAUUUCAAAACUGGAUCACUGGUUUCCCAUCAUUAAUUAAAAGGAAAAUCAGUUUAUUUGAAUUAAUUUCUACACAUUAAAUACUAAAUUUAAUGUUUAUCCUAUGUAAUAUUGAAAAGUAUAAUGCAUUUUCUUUUUUACCGUUUCUGUAUAGUUUGCAAAAUAAAGACUCUUGUAACCAAAUUUCUACCAGCAUAGCCCAUCAUUUUGACUUUUUACAAGGUUUGAAAUUUUGAAACAGGAAGAAUUCAUGCUUUAGUUACAUUUCACCUACAAAAAUAUGUAUUUGUUUGUAUUAAAAACAUUUAUCAAUAUUUUAUUUCUAGUAAGUAAUUUUAGAUUGAGGCAAAAUCCAUAAGGAAAAUUCAUUUUUCUGUAUUUUUCUGUACAUUUGUUACGUACUUUUGUGACAUUGUCUUCAUUACAUAGUGAAGGGAGGCAUACUUCCUUUCAAACUAAUUCAUAAUUUGUGGGGUAUAGUUGUAUUAUUUUCUUAAAUAAAAGUCGUUAAGAGUUUACCAUUCUGAUACAAUGGGAUUUUAUCAGAGAACAGUUUCUUAUGGCUGAAAUUAACUGAUAUAUAAUUUGAUUUUAAAUAAAGAACCUAAAGAUAAAA